CGCUGCGGCCAUGUUGUACUUUUCGACAAGAGGUGAUGGGGUUGCCGUAUCCUUUGAAGAGGCAGUCUUGACCGGCCUGGCGCCGGACGGCGGCCUCUUCAUCCCUGAAGCAAUCCCCAUGCCACCUCCGAGGUGGCAGGAGGAUUGGGCCUCUUACAACUUCCAACAACUCUCCAAAGCCGUCAUCUCGCUGUUUAUAUCCGAGUCCGAGAUCUCGCGCGCCGAUCUGCGCGCCAUCAUCGAACGAUCGUACAGCACCUUCCGCGCCCCGGAGAUCACUCCGCUCAAGAAGCUGAAUGACCACCUGUAUGUACUCGAGCUGUUCCAUGGACCCACAUAUGCGUUCAAAGACGUCGCACUUCAGUUUUUGGGCAACUUGUUCGAGUUCUUCUUGAAAAGACGGAAUGCGCAUAAAGCCCCUGGAGAGGAGAAGGAGAAGCUCACUGUGGUUGGCGCCACGAGCGGCGACACGGGAAGCGCCGCCAUAUAUGGACUCCGUAAUAAGGAGAACAUUUCAAUCUUUAUUCUCCAUCCUAAGGGCAAGGUCUCACCCAUCCAAGAAGCACAAAUGACCACAGUAACGGACGCAAAUGUCCACAAUAUUGCGGUGCAAGGCACGUUCGAUGACUGCCAAGAUAUUGUCAAAGCGCUCUUCGGCGACCGUGAAUUCAAUGCUACUCACCGUCUCGGCGCCAUCAACUCGAUCAACUGGGCACGCAUCCUUGCACAAACUGUCUACUACUUCCUUGCUUACUUCACCAUACGCUCCCAGCUCCCGCCGGGUGCAGAGAUCCAGUUUGUGGUCCCCACCGGAAACUUCGGUGAUAUCCUCGCAGGAUAUUAUGCCAAAAAGAUGGGUGUGCCUAUGGCUCAGCUCGUAGUGGCGACCAAUGCGAACGACAUCCUCGCUCGGUUCUGGGCGACGGGUAAGUACGAGAAAGUUGACAGUGCGUCCGAAGCAGGUGCGGGAGAGAUGCUCCCUGCGAACGGGGCAAGCGACGGGAAGCAAGCCACAGAUGCGAGCGGGGUGAAGGAGACGCUGAGUCCAGCCAUGGAUAUCCUCGUUUCGAGCAACUUUGAGCGGUUGCUGUGGUACCUUGUUGCAGAGUCGAGCACCAGCCCGGAGCGAGUCCGGUUGGCGGGGAAGACGAUUUCCGAGUGGAUGAAGCGAGUAAAGACGGAUGGGCGGGUCGCGGUGCCCACAGAGGUCUUGCAGUUGGCGAGGAGAGACUUCGUGGCGAGGAGUGUUUCUGAUGCUCAGACUCUCGCUACCAUCGAACGCUGGUACACCGAGGGUCCAUAUAUCGCCGACCCACAUACCGCUGUUGGUCUGACUGCUGUUGACCUCUUACCACAAGACCCCCAGCUCGUCCGUAUCGUCCUUUCAACUGCACAUCCGGCCAAGUUUUCCGAUGCGGUUGAGAAAGCGCUGUCCGGACACAAAUGCUUCAAUUUUGAGACACAGGUUCUGCCAGAGGAGUUCAAGGGCCUCCUGCAAAAGCCCCGCCGGGUGAUCGAUGUCCCAGCUGCCGACAUUGAGCUUGUCAAGCAGGUUAUCGACAGGGAGGUAGAGAAGAUGAAAACUGAAGCAAAGAAUACGAGCGUGUAGGAGUGAUGUAGAUAUUGACAUUAGAUGUAAUCGCGACACCAAAUAUCCAUUGUGAAUCAUGCAGCCGUUGCAGCCGCCGUAGAGAGCGGCACGGAUGUCGCUUUCUGCGCAGCGGGGCUUACGAGAAGCAUGGGAACAUAAGAAGUGACGAGGGUGGCUACAGAAAACAGGAUAGACGAUAACGGUCCUCCUGUCUGGCUUUCCUUAGUCCUCAUCGGCUUCUGGUUCGCGAGACUCGAAACAGAGAGUAACAGGGCAGCCCAUCCCAUGUACCUGUUUCGUGUAAGCAUUGUAGCGCCAGAGAACAUCAUGCUAGCGCUGCCGAUAAAGUCAGAGUCUUGCUGCCUCCAGGACUUAGGGAGAGUAAUUGCAGUCUCGUUGGAAGCGUCUCUUGGGUCUUCGACUGCCAUUUCGAUUGAGGGAAC